UCAAGGAAGGUGAUUGGUGGUGCUAAUAUGCACGGAGGACUUUAUUUGCUCAAACAAAAGAACCUCCCAAGUAGACAAGUUCAUCAAUCAAGUUGUGAUUUCGAGUUAUGUUGGCACAUCAAUAAGCGAUGGCCCUGGAUGCUUAAUGCUGAGGUGUCCAGAUCCAUCAUGUGGUGCUGCUGUUGGUCAAGACAUGAUUGAUCUAUUGGCUAGUCAUGAAGAUAAAGAGAAGUAUUCUCGCUAUCUUCUUAGAUCUUAUAUUGAAGAUAAUAGAAAGACAAAAUGGUGCCCUGCUCCUGGUUGUGAAUUUGCGGUUGAGUAUGUAAUUGGUAGUGGAAUCUAUGAUAUUUGCUGCAAUUGCUCAUAUGGCUUCUGUUGGAAUUGCACUGAGGAGGCUCAUCGGCCAGUUGAUUGUGAUACAGUGGCAAAAUGGAUACUGAAAAACAGUGCUGAAUCUGAGAAUAUGAACUGGAUAUUGGCAAAUUCAAAACCUUGUCCUAAGUGCAAACGCCCAAUUGAGAAAAAUCAAGGAUGCAUGCAUAUUACAUGUACACCUCCUUGUAAAUUCGAGUUUUGCUGGCUGUGUCUUGGUCCAUGGUCAGAACAUGGGGAAAGGACUGGUGGCUUUUACGCCUGUAAUCGCUAUGAAGCUGCAAAGCAGGAAGGAGCGUAUGAUGAAUCUGAAAGAAGAAGAGAAAUGGCUAAAAAUUCUCUGGAAAGAUAUACUCAUUACUAUGAACGAUGGGCAACUAAUCAGUCAGUAUGUGACCUUUCAACCCUUCAUUCAUUUUCAUUACUUAACUCUUCUAUUUUUGAAAUAUCAGUGGUUUGGACAUUUGAUUUACUUACAAACUAUCAGUUGCUGACACUGAUAAUUAGUUGAGAUAGUGCCUCGCAU